AUGUUGCUGCUACUCGGAAAGCAAUUUCAACCAACUUCCUCCGCAGUGGGUUCGCAGCCGCCGGGCGGAGGAGCCGGAACCUCAGGGUCACCAGGUGCGCCCGGUCUCCCCUCCUUCCCCUCACUGAGGGGACCUCCGCUCUCCAGACCCCGGGCCGGGGGCAACGGCGACCCACAGCCGCUCGGACGCCCAAAGUCGCAUCCCACCCGGCAGCCCCUCACAACGCCCGACAGCGCCGUCGCCACCAGCCUUGUCGCUCCAGCGAGGUGCUUCAGUCUAGCGGGCCCCGGCCGCCUUCGCCAUGGAGGUGGUCCGUGUUCCCAGAUGCGCACAAGGGGGAGAAAAAGAGAAGCAGAGUGGAGACUCCCUCUGGGCAGCAGGGAGGGAGAAGAGGAAAGGCGAAUACGAAGAGCGGGUGAGGAGCUGUGCCAGCUGCAGCGCUGUAGCCGGUCUAGCCACGCAUCCUCGGCAAGACCUGGCCCGGCCCGACGCACCGAUCCGGCUCGGACAAGAGCUAGUUCCCGCGGCACAGUCUUACUCUCCCAUUUUGUGCUGUCGCUGCUGGGGUUGCUGCCGCAGUGUCCAGCAGGGCUGGGCGAGGGUGGGGGGCGGUGA